AUGAGCGAAAUUGUGGAAGGGCAUAAUAUGGACGAAAAUGGAGAGGAAACAAAAGUAGAAAAAAAGGUCAAGAAGAAAAAAGAUAAAAAAAAAGUUAAUAAAGAAGAUAAAAAGAAAGUUAAUAAAGAAGAUAAAAAAAAAGUUAAUAAAGAAGAUAAAAAAAAAGUUAAUAAAGAAGAUAAAAAAAAAGAUAAAAAAAAAGAUAAAAAAAAAGAUAAAAAAAAAGAUAAAAAAAAAGUUAAUAAAAAAGAUAAAAAAAAAGUUAAUAAAAAAGAUAAAGAAAAGGAUAAUAAAUUAAAUAGAAAUACCCACACAGAACUCGAUGAGACCUCGAUACAGAACAACCUUGAUUCUCCUUAUGAUGAUGAUUCUGAAAGUCUUGAGAAUUUUUUUAAAGAGAAUUGCAUAGAUGAUGCAAGUUCAGAUGACAGUUUAAAAAAAAUGGAAGAAUGUAUCAUGACAAAUGAUGAAAAUGGUAAUAAACUUAAAUAUAUUAACAUAGAAUAUGUAGAUUCCUUUUUACAAUCUAUGAAUAAGAAAACAAGAUUAAAUAAGGUUAUAAAAAUAUUAUCUAUGUAUAGAGAUGCUCUUGAUUUUUUUAUUGAAGAUGAAUUAAAAAACGAUGAAAUUCCUUUAAUAGAAAAAAGUGAUGAUAGCGAAGGAAAUGAUAAAAUAAUUAACAAGAAAAAGCAAAAAAAGAAAAAGAAAAAUAAGAAAAUAAAUAAAAAUAAGAAAAAAUAUGCAAUGAAUUUAGAUACCAGUUUUUUUGUUGUAUUUAAUGUGUUGUAUAACAUAGACACCAUGUUUUAUAAUGUAAUGAAUGAGGGAAAUUUAAAAAUGUGUGUGUUGGACAUUGAGAAAAUUAAAAGUAAUGAAAUAUUUAUAGAUGAAGAAGAGAAGGGGGAGAAGAAAAAAAACAAGAUGAAUGAUGAUGAUAAUGAUGUUAAUAAUGAUGAUGAUAACAAUAACAAUAAUAAUAAUAACAAUAAUAAUAACAAUAAUAAUAACAAUAAUAAUAACAAUAAUAAUAAUAACAAUGAUAGUUUUAAUUAUGGGGGGGGAAGUAAAUAUGGGAAUAAUAAUUUAGGUAAAAAUAUAAAUAAUAAUCAUCGUAAUAAUAUUCAAGAUGAUACCUACGAUCUCAAUAAUAUGCUGAAUUAUAUACAUAUAAAAAAAUACAAACCCCUGAUUAUUUACUUUUUCAAUAAUUUGGCCCAAAAUCUGAAGAAGAUGAAGAAUAAUGAUAUAUAUACGGGUAUAUUAAAAAUAUUGAAGAAAAAAGAAAUAUUAAGAUGGGUUGUUAUAUUGGAUUAUGGGAAAAUAUUUUUAAAAAAAAUAUGUAAAUUAUUUGUAGUGUCAACUAAUAGUGAUAUAUAUUUUUUUCAUUAUAUAUUAAUUCAGAAUAUAUUUCAAUUAUAUAAUGAGAGGAAGAAAAUAAUAUUUAUGAAUUUAUGUAAUAUAUCAAAAGAUAAAAAAGAAGAAGAAGAUAUUAAAAAAACUUAUAAUAUGGAAAGAAUUAUUUAUCGAAUAUAUCAAAAUUUUUUUCAAUCAUAUAUUUUACAUUAUGGUUUAUAUUAUAAUGAUAUUCUUCAAAUAAAUCAUAGAAACUUUAAAGAAAAUUGUCUUUUAGAAUUAUUUACCUAUUUAUCACAUGAUGUUGCAUAUACUAUUGUAUUUAGAUAUAUACAAAUUAUUAUUCAAAAAAUUAGAGAGGAAAAUAAUAAAACAUUUAGACUUGAAAAAAAUAAAAAGAAAGAUACAGAUGAAAAUAAUAAAAAAGAAAAGAAAUAUUUCAAUCAUGAAAAUAACAAAAAUAAAGGAAUUUUACAUUUAAAAAAUUUUCAUAUACAUAGUAAUUAUAUGAUGUUAUUAAUUAAAUUGUUAACAAAAAUUAUUAAAAUAUAUGAUAAUUUACAUAAUCUUAUUUAUGGGGUAACUAUCUUAAUUAUAUCUAUAUUAAAAUCUAAAAUAAACCAUAUGAAAUAUAUACCUAUAAACUUACAAUUAAUUACUUUAUUAAUACGUACUAUGGAACAUCAAAAAAAAUAUAUCCCAUUAUUUUCAUAUAUAUCAUGUAUUAUUAAUGGACUAAAGUCUUAUAAACAUAUAAGAACUAUAACAAAGAAUCAAACUAUUAGAAAUGAAAUAGAAAAUUUUGAUAUUAAUACAUCCUUAGAAAUAAAUGAAAGUCUCUUAUGUGAUUUUCAAAUAUCUCAUCAAAUAUAUGAUAAAAUACAUAUUGUAUUAUAUGACUAUCUUGGUCUUAUGGUAUGCCAUAUCUCUUUCCCAGAAUUUUUUGUUGCUAUUGAAUCCUAUUUUAAAAAAUAUUAUGCAGAAUGUCAAAUACAAACAUUCAAAAAUAAAAUCAAAAACUUAUUAACACAUGCCAAAAAUUCCAUACAAAUUAUCUUAAACAAAAGAAAAAAUAUUAAUAUUUACAAUAUUUAUGAUCAGUUCAUGUUUUUUCAAAAAGACAACCUACCCCUCUACACACAAAGACAAAUCGUUUUAGAAAAUUAUGAAAAUAGUUAUCUUAAUAAAAUUAAAGCAAAAUUAAGUGGUCUACAACAUAUUAAAAAUCAAAACAACCAAAAUGAUGACGCAUAUGGUUAUCAUCACCAUUCGAGGGACCAAGACACAAAUCAUAAUAACAAAGAAAUCAAAAAUUUCAAAAAUAAAGAUCGAAAAAGAAAAGCACAAAAAGAAAAUCUAAAAGAAGACAGCCAAACGAAUCAUCACAUUAACAAAAAGAAGAAAAAUAAAAACAAAAACAAAAACAAAAACAAAAACACAAAUAUUAAUCAAUCCACUAAAUUACCCACUGAAGACAAUGUUGAGGAUUUUUCCAUGUCAAGUGAUGAACAAUAA